ACCAUACUUUUCCGUCUCCUCGCCUGAAAAACACACAAUCUCCUCUCCCUCUCCCUCUCCCUCUCCCUGCCAUGUAACUCUCUAAGAACUGAUAAUGGCCUGUUUCCUUCCAAACGUCUCUCCUUCUCCACCCUUCCUUCAGACCACUAAACGACAAAAAUCCACGUCAUCAUCUGCCCUUCGCAAGGACACCCUCUACAAUUCCUUUUCCAUAUCUACCCCUCCCCUUCUUCCCUCCUCCUUCCCUCUCACCAAGCUCGAGCCCCCUCCCGUCCGGGAUGCGCACGAUAAGGACCGCCCCGGUGUGCACGAUAACCAAAGGAACGAUUUCUACCUCAACCUAGGCACUGCCGUCCGUACUCUCAGGGAAGACCUGCCCUUGCUUUUUUCAAAGGAUCUCAAUUACGAUAUUUACAGAGAUGAUAUAACAUUCAUGGAUCCUUUGAACACAUUCCAAGGGAUUGAAAACUACAAAUUGAUAUUUUGGGCGUUGCGUUUCCAUGGACGGAUUCUGUUCCGAGAGAUCUCGAUCGAGGUUUUUAGGGUCUGGCAGCCGUCGGAGAAUGUUAUCUUGAUAAGAUGGAACUUGAGAGGUGUCCCACGGGUCCCGUGGGAGGCCAGAGGACAGUUUAAGGGGACGUCGAGGUACAAGUUGGACCGAAAUGGAAAGAUCUACGAGCACAAGGUUGACAAUCUCUCAUUCAAUUUCCCCCAGCCACUGAGACCGGCAACUUCAGUGUUGGAUUUGGUCACUGCAUGCCCUGCAAGUCCAAACCCCACAUUCUUGUGGGGCCCGCCGGAGGCGUACACCUCGUCGUGGUUGGAGUUCUAUCGGGCAGUGCGGGAUACUUUGGAUCAGGAAGGGUAUACUACUAUGGGAAGUGAAGGGUUGGUUACUUGUUCAUAACUAUAGCUUCAUGUGCCGAGUGAGGGUUGCUCGGUCACUAUCCAGCUUUAUUCAGUUGUUUAUUAGAAGUACAUGUUGUAUCAUAUAUAGCAGCUUGGGCUGGUGUAAGUAGGCAGGCUGGAGUGAUGGUGUGCAUACAAGUACUUGAAUUGGGGGUGUUGCCGAAAAAUGCUGUGAUUAUAUGGUGAGUUUUAUGAUUCAUCCUGUAAUUAUAUACAAUAUUUGCUUAAUGUUCUUAAUAAAGGCUCAUCAAUGUUCUCUUGA